AUGAUAACUUAAAAUAAAAAGAUACUUUAUUAAGAUAUGACCAAAUUAGAAUAAAUAAUGAGCGAGUUUAAAUUAAAUUUUUAUUCAUUUAUGAAUCAUAUUAUUCAAGAAAAUAUAAUUUCAUUAUAUAUUUUUAGAAUAUUUAUUAUUAUAGAAUCUUUAUAAAUUAUAUAUUUUGUAAUUCAUCCUCGCUUAAAAUUUAUAUGGAAAGGAGGAAUAGUUUUAUAAUUUUUAGAAAUUUUAAAAUAUUUAUAAGUAAUAAAAACUAUUUAUCUAUAUUAUAUAUAUAUAUAUACACAAAUGCAAAUUAGUUUUAAUUUCUUAUUGAUGAAAUAAAUAUCGAUUUAAUGUAAACAUUAAUAAUCAUUAGGAAUAUUAGGAUAUGGUUUUAAGUUGUUAAAUUUUUUCGGAAUUUUAGUAAAAACAGUGUAGGCACUUCCUUUUUAUGAUAUUUUUAUAAAUAAUAUAUUUUGUUUAUAAAAUAAAUUCGGUAGUAUUUAUUGCAAUAACGAAUAUAAAAUUGGGUUUAUAUUAUUAUCUAUCAUCGGUAUUUUAAUUUAGUUAUUUUUUUCUUAUAUUUUUACUUUAUUGUUAAAUGAAAUUAAUCCUUUAAGUAAUAUUCCUUUUGCAUCUAUUCCGACAAAUAUUCCAUAUAUAAAAUAAAUUUAAAAACUUUUUUUAUGUGUAUAUUUGGCUUUAGAUUAUAAAAUCAGUAUUACAUAUAAUUUUGAAAUUAUAAUUGUAGCUUUUUAGGUUGUUUUAUUAUUGGAAUUAUAUAGUAAGUAGCUUUAUUGUAAUAAAUAUACUUAUUAUUUAUAAAUUAUAUGUGAGAUUUUUAUUUUUUGGAUCAGUUUAUGUGGUUUUGUGUAAGGUUUAAUGAUUUACGAAGGGGAAAAUGAGGAUAUUACAAUUUUUUAUAUUAUUUUUGGAAAUAUAUUGGUUAAUGCGUUAUUUUUUAAUAUAAUUAAAAUUAGAAAAUAAAAUUUUAUAACUCUUUUUCCUGAUGAAAUUAAAAAUUCAGAUGAUAUGAAAUAGUAUUGUCUUAUCAUGAUUGAUUUAAUAGAAAAUAGACAUAGUAGAUAUGCUUUUAUUUAACUUUAAGGUAUACUUAAAAUGCAUGUGUAAAAAUGUAAGUACAAUCAAGAUAUUUGUUCGAGUUAAUUUUUAAUUAAUAGUGAUAUUUAAAUAGAAGUCACUAAAGAAUAAGCUAAAUGGUAUAUGUUUUUAAAAAGCAUUAUUGAUAUUAUAAAUGAUGAUUUUGAAGCUUAAGAGUAUUUAGAAAAAGCAGCUUAUGUAAGUAAAAGUUAAUUAGUGAACAAAUAAUUUUCUGAUAAUAAAAAUAUGAAAUAUAGUGAAAAUUCAAAUACUGGUAUACUAUUAAUGAGUGCAAAUUUAUCAACUCGAUUUUAUGUUUAAAAUACAAAUUAUGAUUUUACAAGAAUAUUAGGAUGGCCUAAAUAAGAAAUUAUAGACCAAAAUAUAAAAAAUCAUAUAAUGCCUAAAUUAUUAUAAUAAAUACAUGAUGGAUUAGUAUAGAAUUAUAUAGAUACUUCAGUACCAAAGGCAAUUGGUAUAGAAAGAUUAAUUACUCCUGUAAAUAAGGAUGGUUAUUUAAUUCCAUGCAUAUUAAUGAUAAAGAUUCUUCCUAAUUUAGACGAAGGUUUAUAAUUUGUUGGUUUUUUUAAAGAAAUAAAUGAAGUUUAUUGUGCUCCAUAUAUAAGAAAUGAUGAUAACUAAGAGACAAUUUUUUAAUAUUUAAUAUACAAAGUAGACUAAAAUUUACAAAACUAAACUCUAAUUGGAAUCACAUAAGGAUGUUACGAAAAUUAUGGUAUACCAAUUUCAUUGGUUAAUAAUAAUAGUCCUAUGAGUAAUUAAUUUACUAUAGAUUUGAUUUUUCCUUAAAUUAUAUAGCCGGAAAUAAUAGAGUAAAUGAAAAGUUAAUAGGGAGCUGUAAUAUAAAUAGACACGACAAUUAUAGAUUAGAUUUUUUUGAUUUCUCAAGAAAGCUCUUUAUUAUAGUAAGAUGUUUAAUGUUUAAAAGAAAGCAUUAUUGAUAAUAAUUUAUAAUAAAUUAGUAAUUUAGAUAAUAAUAAAUCAAUUUAAAUAAUAUAAGAUAAAUAUAAAAAUUAAUUUAUUAAUAUUUGGUUAGUCGAAUAGUUUGUUUAUAAAGAUGUUACUAUUAAUAUUGUUAAGUUUUGUGAGUAAGAUAAAAAUUAGUAAGAAGAAGAUAUUCAUUUAGGGAAUAAUGAUAAUAAUUAAGAAAAAUAUAAUAAUAAUAAUAAUGAUGACUCCGAAUAGGGAGAGAAUUAUCAAAAUGAAGAAGAAUAAGUGGAUUUAAAUUAAGAUGAGAGUUAAUAAAAUUAAGGAUCAACAUUAAAUUAAGAAGAUUAAGACGAGAUUAGGCAAUUAAAGGAUAUUAAAAGCGGAAUUUCUGAAAAAUCAAUGCCAAAAAUUAUAAAAAUUCUAUAAAUAAGUUCUUUUAUAAUUUGUUUGGCAUUACUGGGUUUAACGAUUACAGAAUUAAUCUAUAAAAAUUAAUAACAUAAAAUAAUUUAAAAAUCUUUUGAUAUGAAUUUUCAAUCUUUCUAGAGGCCUAGUAGUGUAGCUGAUGUACAUUUUAUUAUUAGAAAAAUGUGGAUAAUAGAUAAUUUAUUUGUUUCUAGUAAUUUUUCAUUAAAUGUUUAUAUUAACUUAGCUUCUUAAGUAUUUUAUUAAUAAAUAUAUUUAUUUUAUUUAUCCAUAAAGUUAAAAAAUAUAAUUAAUUAAUUGAAUGAAAUUCUUUUUAAUGUAUUAAAAUCUAAACUUGAAAUUGAAUAAAACAACUUAAAAUAAUAAUAAAAUUAGUAAGAUUAAGUUAGUUAGUUUAAAUAAUAUUUCUACUAUAUAAAUUUUAACGGAAUGUAUGCUUUAAGAUAGGGUUCAGAGUAAAGUGCUUUGGAAUAUUUUGAUUAUUAUUAUGAUUAAGUAUAGAAAUUCGGUAAAAUAUUUCUUAUUAUUAUGAUUAUUGGAAUUUUUUUUGUGGUUGCUUCUUCGAUGAUUAUUUUGCCAAUGAUUUUUUCGAUUUAAAAAUCAAAUGCGUGUGUUUUGGGAUUUUUUUCAAUUGUUCCAAUUGAAGAAAUAAAGGCAUUUUCACAAAAAUGUGAGAUUUAUUUGAAAAUUUAUAUAGAGAGGAAACCUGAUGAGGCUGAGUAGCAUAAUAUGUUUAUAUAAUAAAAAAGUAAUGAAGAAAUUUAGAAUAAAUAGGUUUAAUAAAAUCUAGAAAUGCCAGAUUAAACUUUUCUUUAGAAUAAAAAUGCUAACAACAUGUCAAUAUUAGACAAAUCAAGUGCAUAAGAAGUCAAUUUUUUGUAAAAAAAUAAAUUUUAAAUACAAAAUGAGAUAAAAAAUAUUAAACCUUUAGAAAAAAUCGAAGAAAAUAAUCUUUAAAUAGACGAAGUGGAAAAUCCGAUAAAAAAAAAUCUCAUUUCAAAAGAUCAUAAUAAGUAUAUAUAAAAAAAUAAAAAAAUAUUUAUAUUUAUUUUAGAAAUAUAACAAUAUUAUAUUUUUCAUUUUUUUCACUAAUUUUAAUUGGUUAUUUUGUUAUAAUUUAUACUAGUUUUGAAAAUGUUUUUUAGAAAAAUUUAAAUGCGAUAUUUUCCCAUAGUAAAUAUAUAAGAAAAAGGCCAUAUUUAUUAAAAUACUAUUAAAUUUUUUUAUAAGAAUCAAUCGUAAAUUGUAAUUUAAUAAAAGAUUUUGGUAAUAUAAUUUUAUAAGAUUAAUACUAAUAAUAUAUUACUGAAAAUGAAAAUUAUAUCAUUAGUACAUAUAAAUAUUAAUUUCCAUCUUAAUAUGACUCUUAUAUAAACUAAUUUGAUUAAAUAAUGUUCCAAAAUGUAUGCAAAGCUGAAUAUUAGUGUAAUCUAUAAGACUAAACUUUAAAUAAAAGCUUAUAAAGAAUAAUUUCUUAAAUUUAAGUUAGUGGGGAAUAAAUAAAGACUUAUAUUUCUUAAUAUUAAUAAAUAAAAGAGAAGAAGAAUAAUAAUAAAUGUUAAAUAGAAGGACUCAAUAAAUAAACUUUUAUUGAAAUUAAUACAAUUAUGGAAUAUAUUAUUAAAGUGA